AGGAAUUGUCGAGGAAGAAGAGAAACACGAAGAAGAGGAAGAGGAAGAAGAGGAAGAAGAGAAACACAAAGAAGAGGAAGUUUGGGCAACCCUUGUUGCCGAUGA